GUAAUUAAUAUUCAGUUUCAUAUGCAUUUGUACAAUUAACUUAAAUGCUUAUUAAACUUGACAAAUAGCUUAAUUAAAGAUUACCUUCAAGUCCUGCAAGAUCGUUAUCGGCAUCACCAAGCCCUAAAAUGAAUGAUGGCGAUGAUUUUGAUGAAAUUGAUGAACUAAAACCCUAAGCAGAAAGAAUGAGUGUGGGAGAUCCAACAAAAGCAAAAGGUUCUAAACUUUAAUUAGUUCCCAAUAAACCUAUUUAAUAAACCCCUGUACAUAAACACACUUAAAGUUAAUAAAUAAAGUAAGUCACUCCAAUAAAUGCUCCCAUAAUAACAAAAAAGAAAUGACGAGAAAU